AGUCAUUGUAAAGUUAUUGAGACGUUGAAACGAACUUGCUGAGUGUGCUAAAUCAGCUGGUAUUUCAAGUGGAUCAUUAUCACUCCAUUUACCAGUUGCAAUCAUCAGUACCCUCUUCCAAAAAAAUGUUUUUGGAAAUUGGCAUCUACCUGCUUGUUGGAGUAUUAUUUAUUUGGGCACUUAUUGAUCCAGUCAGUCGAGUAACAAGAGCACUUUGGGAAAUAUUAAUACCAAUAAUAAAUGCAACACCAGUUGAUCUAAAAUCAAAGUUUGGUGAAUGGGCAGUGGUGACUGGUUCUACUGAUGGUAUUGGUAAAGCUUAUGCAAAAGAAUUAGCAACACGUGGUAUUAAUCUAGUUCUAAUAAGUCGAAAUAAUGAUAAAUUAGAAAAAACUAGAAAUGAUUUGUUGAUAAUAAAUUCAAAGAUUACAAUAAAAAUUAUUGCUGCUGAUUUUAGCAAAGGAAAGGAUAUAUAUACAAAUAUUGAAAAACAAUUGGCUGGUAUACCUGUUGGAAUUUUAGUGAAUAAUGUUGGUAAGCAAUAUACAUAUCCAAUGUAUGUUGGAGAAGUACCAGAAGAUGAAUUAUGGGAUAUAAUAAAUAUAAAUGUUGGUGCUGUAACAUUUAUGACACGACUUGUUAUAAAUGACAUGCAAAAACGUGGAAAAGGUGCAAUUGUUAAUGUAUCAUCUGGCUCGGAAUUACAACCAUUACCAUUAAUGACUGUUUAUGCUGCAACAAAAGUUUAUAUUGGAAGUUUUUCUGAAGCAUUAAGAGCUGAAUAUGAAAAUUUUGGUAUAACAGUUCAACAUCUUACACCAUUAUUUGUUAAUACAAAAAUGAAUGCAUUCAGUAAUAGAUUACAGGUAUCAAGUGUAUUUGUGCCAGAUGCAAUGACUUAUGCAAGAAAUGCUGUUGAAACACUCGGAAAAAUUGAUACAAGUACUGGCUACUGGGCUCAUGGAAUACAAAAUUUUUUUACACUCAUACCACCUGUAUGGAUACGUACAAAAAUUGGACAAUUUAUGAAUCAAACAUUUAGAAAUGAUUACAUUAAACAACAAAAAUUAAAUUAAUUUAUAAAUUUUUUGUAAAGUUUUUUUUUUGUUCUUUUGAAUAUGUGUACAUUAAUAAACUAUACGUCUUUUUCA